CUGGCAAAGCGCCGGAUGGGAGGCGCGGGCGGGCGGGCGCUGCGGUUCUUCCCUUUUGCUUUCGGGAAGCGGUCGGGGCUGCACACUCGGCUUGGCGGGCGGCUCCGGCGCCCGGCUCGUGGUGCCCGGCCGGCUGGAGGCGGGAGGUGGCGGCGGGCGCGGGGCAGGGGCGCACGUCCGCCCCAGCGCUGGGAUUUCUCGGCUCGCGAGGAGAGCGGAGCAGGCGCGCGGCCCAGGCGGAGGAGCGCCGACUCUGGAGCAGCCGGAGCUGGAGGAGGAGGAGGAGGAGAGGCGGCGGGGAAGGAGGAGGCAGGGGACAGUCGCUCCCGCCCGGCGAGCAUGGGGCGCCUGGCGCCGAGGCCGCUGCUGCUGGCUCUCCUGUCGCUGGCUCUUUGUCGAGGGCGCGUGGUGAGAGUCCCCACGGGGAGCCUGGUGCGGGUGGUGGGCACUGAGCUGGUCAUCCCCUGCAACGUCAGCGACUAUGACGGCCCCAGUGAACAGAACUUUGACUGGAGCUUCUCGUCUUCGGGGAGCAGCUUUGUGGAGCUCGCGAGCACCUGGGAGGCGGGCUUCCCCGCCCAGCUGUACCGCGAGCGCCUGCAGAGGGGCGAGAUCCUGUUGAGACGGACUGCCAACGACGCCGUGGAGCUCCACAUAAAGAACAUCCAGCCCACGGACCAAGGCCACUACAAAUGUUCCACCCCCAGCACCGACGCCACCGUCCAGGGCAACUAUGAGGAUACAGUACAGGUUAAAGUGCUGGCCGAUGCCCUGCGCGUGGCCGCCAGCCCGCAGCCCUCCCCGGGCCUGAGCCUGCGCGAGGGCGAGCCCUUCUCGCUGCGCUGCUCGGCCGCCACAGCGUCGCCGCUGCACACGCACCUGGCGCUGCAGUGGGAGCUGCGGCGCGGCCCGGUGCAGCGCAACGUGCUGUCGCUGAGCCACGAGGGCCGCUUCCGCCCGGGCCCCGGCUACGAGCAGCGCUACCACAGCGGGGACGUGCGCCUGGACACCGUGGGUAGCGACGGCUACCGCCUGGCCGUGUCCCGGGCCCUGUCCGCAGACCAGGGCUCCUACAGAUGUGUCGUCAGCGAGUGGAUCGGAGAGCAGGGUAACUGGCAAGAAAUUCAAGAAAAAUCCGUGGACGUGGCCACCGUGGUCAUCCAGCCAACAGUUCUGCGAGCAACUGUGGCCAGGAAUGUGUCUGUCGCUGAAGGAAAGGAGCUGGAUCUGACAUGCAACAUCACAACAGACCGAGUGGAUGACGUCCGCCCCGAGGUGACGUGGUACUCCAGCAGGACGCCUGACAGCAGUUUGCCUGGCCUGCACAUGCUGGCCCGGCUGGACCGUGAUUCCUUGGUGCACAGCUCUCCUCACGUUGCUCUGAGUCAUGUGGAUCCCCGCUCCUACCAUUUACUGGUUCGAGAUGUUAGCAAAGAAAACUCCGGCUACUAUUUCUGCCACGUGGCGCUCUGGGCACCCGGGCACAACAGGAGCUGGCACAAGGUGGCAGAGGCCAUGUCUGCCCCCACUGGUGUGGAUGUGACCUGGCUAGAACCAGACUAUCAGGUGUACCUGAAUGCUUCUAAGGUCCCCGAGUUUUCAGACGACCUCACAGAGCUGGAAUGCCGCAUAGUGGAUAAGAAGAGCAUGGAGGCAAAUGUCCGCUUUACGGUGUCCUGGUACUACAGGAUGAACCGGCGCAGUGACGACGUUGUGGCCAGCGAGCUUCUUGCAGUUAUGAACGGGGACUGGACGCUGAAGUACGGAGAGAGGAGCAAGCAACGGGCCCAGGAUGGAGACUUUAUUUUUGCUAAGGAGCAUACGGACACAUUCAGUUUCCGAAUCCAAAGGACUACAGAGGAAGACAGAGGCAAUUAUUACUGUGUUGUGUCUGCCUGGACCAAACAGCGUAACGACAGCUGGGUGAAGAGCAAGGAUGUCUUCUCCAAACCCAUCAACAUAUUUUGGGUAUCAGAAGAUUCCGUGCUUGUGGUGAAGGCGAGGCAGCCAAAGCCUUUCUUUGCUGCAGGAAAUACAUUUGAGAUGACUUGCAAAGUAUCUUCCAAGAAUAUCAAGUCGCCACGCUACUCUGUUCUCAUCACCGCUGAGAAGCCUGUUGGGGACCUCUCCAGUCCCAAUGAAACCAAGUAUAUCAUCUCCCUGGACCAGGAUUCUGUGGUGAAACUGGAGAAUUGGACAGAUGCAUCACGGGUGGAUGGUGUUGUGUUAGAGAAAGUGCAGGAGGAUGAAUUUCGCUAUCGAAUGUACCAGACUCAGGUCUCGGAUGCAGGGCUGUACCGCUGCGUGGUGACAGCCUGGUCUCCUGUCAGAGGCAGCCUGUGGCGGGAAGCAGCAACUAGUCUCUCCAAUCCUAUUGAGAUAGACUUCCAAACCUCAGGUCCUAUAUUUAAUGCCUCUGUGCAUUCGGACACACCAUCGGUCAUCCGGGGAGAUCUGAUCAAACUGUUUUGUAUCAUCACUGUUGAAGGAGCAGCACUGGAUCCAGAUGACAUGGCCUUUGAUGUAUCCUGGUUUGCGGUACACUCCUUUGGCCUCGACAAGGCUCCCGUCCUCCUGUCUUCCCUGGAUCGGAAGGGGAUUGUGAACACGGCCCGGAGGGACUGGAAGAGCGACCUCAGCCUGGAGCGCGUGAGCGUGCUGGAAUUCUUGCUGCAGGUGCACGGCUCCGAGGACCAGGACUUUGGCAACUACUACUGCUCCGUGACUCCGUGGGUGAAGUCACCAACAGGUUCCUGGCAGAAGGAGGCAGAGAUCCACUCCAAACCCAUCUUUAUAACUGUGAAGAUGGAUGUGCUGAAUGCCUUCAAGUACCCGCUGCUGAUCGGCGUCGGCCUGUCCACUGUCAUCGGGCUCCUGUCCUGCCUCAUCGGGUACUGCAGCUCCCACUGGUGUUGUAAGAAGGAGGUCCAGGAGACGAGGCGCGAGCGCCGCCGGCUCAUGUCCAUGGAGAUGGACUAGGUUGGGGCCCAGGGAAAGCAGCGACAAAGGGACGGUCUAGGAGCAAUUUGGGCAAGAAGAGGACAGUGAUAUUUUAACGUGAAGUGCGUCACACUAAAAACCAGUCCUCUCUAAUCUCAGGUGGGAUUUGGCGCUCUCUCUUUUCUGCAUGUCAAGUUCCGAGCGCGGACACGUUUACCAGCACACAGCCCUUCCUCCCACGGCACUUUCUGAUAGAACAAUCGAGUGUGUGUUUUUCCAACUGCGGCUUUUUCAUGGUUAACCUUUGUCUAAUUUUUUUCUCCUGGUUUAUAGCUCUCCGACACGCGUGUGUGUCUCUCUUUCAUUUCGAGGGGUUGCGGUGAGGAAGGGGCAAUGGCAUUCAGAGUUCUUUGUCUCAGGCGAGGACGGAACCGCCCGCUUGAGAGCCGGCUUGGCUUCUGUGUUGGAGGCAUGACCCUCUACCCUGGCUUAGCGACAACACGGACCUGUGCCAAAGGCUAAUUUGUGGCUUUUUACUACCCUACCCCACCCCCUAUUUUCAGGGGUUUAGACUACAUUUGAAAUCUAAACUUGGCAGUAGUUAAGUUCUUAUGGAGCCCAGAUCAUUGCUUUGUUUCUUGCUUCUCUGCCCCAUUUCCAUUUCUUUGCAUUUGCUUUAUGUAAGAGUGCUGAAAUGGCGGCCCUGGAGUCUAGAGUUUGGCUCUCCACCGAGCACCUUAUCUUGCCACCUUAGCCUUAAGAAUGAGUAUGAAGAAAAAAACACAGUCACCUCUGUCCAGGGCAGUAAGAAGGCCUGCAAGGAAGAGGAGGUUGGGGACAAGGAAAGGAACAGACACUCACUCCAAAGGUUCUGAGGCCGCUGUGCCUCAGAGGGCCCCAGGGAGAGCAGACGAGGGAUCCUCAGUGUUAGAUUUCUGCAGCUCAUGCCAGGAGGGUCAGUGGUGCCAGGGGGGUGUCAGACGGAAGAAGCCACCUCCAUUCCCCUCUCCUGCCCUUUGCAGGAGGCAAGGGUCUUGACCACCAAGGGACUGCCAUGGGGACCCACAGAUAACCCACGUCCUUCACGGACUGCUUGAGCUCCUUACCAUGAAGGCGAAUUGCUGCUUGCAAGACUGACUGAUUUCACGGAAUCAGAAAUUGCCUGGAAGAACCACACAUUUUCUCUGACCUUUUCAGUCCUUCAAGUCUUUCUGAGCUCCCAGGCAGGGGGUGAGUGAGAAAGGGUAUACUUUGUGGUGUGUUUGCUUUCCUGUUAGGAAUGCAAAGGAAACCCAGUGGUUUAUUGCCAAGUAAAGAGUCUACAAAGCAGAUCCAAGAGCAGUAGGUCUUGCCCAGUGGCACAUCCCGGGAGUAGGACAGUGGACCAACCCGGAUCUUCCGCUCCCUGGAGGGUCUCGCCCCCUGCACGGCACUGGCCUUUCGGAAGCAUCGCAGUGGGGUUUUCUGAGGCUCGCUGGUGACUCAUGCCCUCCAUUGCAAUCCUCUGUGCUUUUAUCCUGGCUCUGAAGGACCUAACACUGCUCUGUCUUCCAAAGGGGAAAAAAGAUUCGUUUGUUUUGAGCAAUAAAGUAAUACAAAAUGAUGGCCAUUCAUGUGCGGCUCUUUGUCACAAUGGGCCGGAUGAGCUGUACUCCUCCUGGCUCACCAUCCUCCCCUCCGCUUCCCUCACUCUGCUGCCCAUGUUCCUUCUGCAUUUGUCACUGAGUCGCCCCCAGGAGGCAGAUUUCCACCAAGUUUCCCCUUUUUGUUCUACUCACUGAGGUGACUACUCAUGUGAUAGAAAUUCUAGAUUCUGCACUCGUGGUAGCAGCACAGAUGAAUCCCAGGCCUGGGGUCGUGGCGGGAAGACCGGCUGCAGUAUAUCCCACCAGAGCAUGAGUGACUGGAGGAAGAGGAGGAGGCCUUGAUAGCACUAGAUUUGGGUAUUUUCUACAUGUCGUUUCCUAACUGCUAUUUCAGAGGAGGCGGGUCACAGGUGACUGUACAAAUGGGCAUGAAAGAGAGAACAUGUAUGAACAGGUGUUGUGUCAGUAACAGCCAGUGUCCUCUGAGCCCUUGCAGUAUCACACUUACUAAAAGAAGACUCAGGACUGUUGUAGCACAGGCCCUUCUUGGUAGGAGGAAAGGGUACUUAGCCUUGGAUGUGACCAGGUAGGCCAGGUGUAUGUAGAACCACGGAUGGGUCACAUCAGACUCUCAGUAGUGGUAAAGGUGAUGUAUGCUCACACAGUGUACCUUUUCCUUUCAAACUGCUGUUACAGUUCAAGGCUGGAAUUGUUAAGGCAUUGACCCCAACCCCACCUCUGUCCAUUGGGCUGGCCAAAGUCGCCUGGGGGCUGGUACGAAGCAGGGAGAAACCCAAGGGUGUUGUACCAAGGACCUUGUUCCUUCCAGGGACAAAAACUUGCCUGGAAUGUGUGUCCUUUUAAAAGUGAGAGAUGCUCUCUUGUUGUACCAAACAGGGCUCCCCACAGUUGCUCCUCUGGAAGAGGGUCCUGCCAGGAGCACUGGUGUGAAUGGAAGAAGGACCUAGCCACGAUUCACACAGAUGAAACUGCACUUCUUAACAAAAAGAAACUUGAUAAAAAGUUUGGGUUUUUUCCUAAUCCUAAAAAUACCCCCAGAAAGAGCCUAAGCUAUGUUCAGAUAGAAGCCUCGAAAUUACUUUAAAUUGUUUACUUUAUAAUGUUUACAUACACUUUCACUUUUUAAAAAGAAAAAGAAAAAAUGCAAACUGACUUUUUAACAGCUUUGAAGAUUUUUCAUGGGAUGGUGGAACUCUGACUCACCAACGGGAUUUAAAUCCUCAUUUAGAAAUGUAUUUAUUUGUGUGUUUCCCCUCCCAUCCACCUGGCUUUCCCUAAGAUCCUGGUAAAGGAGGCCCCUCCUGCCCAGACCCUUGUCUCUUUCCCCAGAGGCUCUUGCUUCUUGCUUUGCAGACUGCCUGCAGCCAUGAUUUUGUCACUGACAUCUGUGAGCCAAAGACUGAGCCUUUUUGGCAGGAAUAAUAAGCAAUACUACACAACUUGCUACUUUCAGAAAACUUUUUUUAGCUUCACCGAUGACAACAGAGGAAGAAGGGACCUGGGAUUCCGGUAAGUUCUUCUCCACUGUUUGACCAAAUUCUCAGUGAUGAAUAUUGUGUGCAGAUCACUAGGAGAAAAAAGUUGACUGACUUUCUUUUUUAGCGUGGCACAUAAGGAUCUGCCGAAUUUUACGUAGACAAAGAAAGGGUCUUGUGUAUUUUUGUCCAUAUCCAAUGUUAUAUGAACUAAUUGUAUUGUUUUAUACUGUGACCACAAAUAUUAUGCAACGCACCAUUUGUUUUUUAUUUCAUUAAAGGAAGUUUAAUUUAAA